GGCUCGCUGAUUUGAAGAAGAAAAAGUCCUCCAAGGCCCCGAGGGGAACGGAUGCUGGUGUCCCAAAACCCGCCUGUGACUUCUUCAAGAAGCCGGAGGGGCCAUCGGCGGCCCCAAAUACUGAUGCUGCUGCCGCUGCCAAGAGGAAAGGCGCGGGCAAGGCUCCAGAGAGCAAAAAGCCCAAGACCGGGGAUGUCGGGAAGAAAAGUCCCUCGGUGGUCAUUGUUGACGAUUGCCCCGCCUCCAGGGUGCACGAGGAGAUGACGGUGGCGGAAGUGCCGGGGGGUGUCCGGGAGCCAUCUUCCGAGGUCCUGACGGUUUCCCUCCCGGUUGGUACGGCCGUGAUGAAUGGCACGGCUGACCCGAGGGUGCUUCUAAGGGGUAUAACCCCUGAGAUUGACAGAGCAGCCCUCGGUGCUGAUGAUGACCAAGCCCUUGAGGAGAGGAUCCUCCGGUCUUCCCUCACGAAGUGCAUUGCCCUCGGAGAGCAGGCCCGACGCCUAGAGGAGUGGAGUCUUCGCAAGGCCGAGCAGGAUGCCAAGAUGCGGGAGCUCAUCCGCCAGAAUUCCGAUGACAUCCGGCAGAUGGCUAUGCUGGAGGAGAGCCUUCGGCAGAUGACCCUGCGGGCGGAAGCCGCAGACCGGGGCAAGGCCGAGGCUGAAAGGUCCGCAGCUGAGGCCCUUGAGAGGGCUGCUAGGGAGGCCGAGGCCGCCAGAGCGGAGGCCGUCGAGAAUGCCCGAGGGGACGCCAUCUCUGGUUUCUUGGCAGGGGGGUGGCGAGCAGAGGAGCAUAAGCAAUGGCUG